AUGUUCUUGUAUGCACCAAUAACCUCUGCAUUAUCAACUUCAAAUUUGUCAAUUGGCAGCACUACUACAACUACAGCAUCAUUAAAUACCUAUUUUUCAAAUGUAGAGGAAGGAUUAAAUAAAAAACUUGAUAAUGAAAUUGACCAAUUUGUUGUUUCAUUUCAUGAUAUUGUAAAAGGUUCAGGUAUUCAUGAAUCUAUUAGAGUACCUGGUAGAGAUACCGACAAAUCAGUUGAAAAAGAUAAAUAUAAAAAUGCAUUGGAUGGACUGGUAGAUGAAUUAUGUGCAGCAAACAUGGUUCAAUGUUGUGAAGGUCUAUUGAAUAAAAACAAAGUACUGCAGCUUAACAAAGCUGUCACACAAGCAAUUUGGGAAAUGGAAAGUGUAUUAAGAGAAGGUGGUAGCAAUCAACAACUUGAUCCAAGUAAAAUGUAG